ACCCCCACCCGGCGCUCUGCCCGCGGGGCUGCUGGGGCCUGGGCCAUGCCCCGGGAGCCCUGCGGUUUGCUCGGGGCGGGGACAGCUCACGCACGGGCACAAGGCCUGAGUGUAUUUACUGAGCACCUACUGUGUCCUCACAUGCUGGUGGCCAUGGCUGCUGCUGGGUGUGCAACACAGGCAGGGGUCCCCCCUCGUGCCCGCAGCAGGCGAUUGGCACCUGCACGUGAUGAGGGCGUUAGGGUCAGGAAGAGCUGAGGGAACAGCAUUCAGGUAGAGGGAAUGGCCAGUGCAAAGGCAAGAACCAUCCUGCUGGGCACCCAGAUUCCCAAGGAGGGGGUGAGGCCAGAGUGGGGUGCGGGAGCCCAGAAGUGCAGGUGUGCGUCCACGGGGAGGGAGCUAGUUUUGUCUCUGCACGUGGGAGCCCCGCCCAGGCCCCACACCUUCCAGGGCUCCCCGUGGUUGUGGAUGACGAGGAUGCGUCUGCUGCCAGCUGGGUGUUGCCCCCCCGCCCCACGCCCCGCUCCCUGGGCAGGGUUCCUUGGGCUGAACUGGGGAGGCACUGCCUGCUCUUGGGGCGCGGACUGGAUGCCGGGCCCGCGGCAGGAGUCCCACGGGUGUGUGGGCACCUCGGGCAGGGCGCCUCGCUGUCACACGUGUGCUGCCCUGUGCGCUGUGCUCUGGGGUGAGCCACCCCACUUCCCCGGACGGAAGCCACGCUCCUGCCCUGACCCAGGCUGUCCAGCCCAGCUCUGUGCAGGCUCCAGAGGCCGACCCCUCCCCACCUGGGGACCCCCGGAGCCACAUGCCGUGGGCCCCCUGACUGGCAGAAUCUCUGCCUCCUGGUCCUGCACCCCAAGGCCACAGCAGGGAGGUGGGAGCUGCAGGAGACGGUCUCCUAGAUCGGGGUUAGUUCUCAACAUUUGAACAUCGGGAGACCCCCGAGGCACCAGCGUCCAGCUCUCAGACGGUGUGGCCGCCUGGGGCCUGAGCUGAGUGCAGGCGAUCAGCUGCUCGCCCCCUGCCCUUCCCGUGCCCACGUCCCACCGAACGGGGAGAGGAGCCGCGAAGGCCCGAGGCCCCAGGCCCGGUGCUGACAGGACUGGUUCCUUCUGAGGCUGCGUGGGAGACUGUCCCCCACCACCUGGCCCUGCCUGUGUCCCUCCGAGCUCUGUCCCUCUGUGUGUCUCACUGCGUCCCCUCUGUCGCGUGCGUCCUCUCUGACAAGGACACCAGUCAGCGGAUGUGAGGACCCCUUGACUCCGGCGUGACUUCACUCCUAACUAAUUUCACCUGCAAAGACCCCGUUCCUCCGUGAGUCUGAUGCCGAGGUCCAAGUGGGCGUGCAUUUGGGGAGCCCUGUCAACCCGCUGCAGCAGCUCUUCGCGCCUGAACGGGGGACCUGUCUCUUUGAGGAGGAAGAGCAAAGCCAGACAAAGGGGACUCGCCGCCUGCAAUGCCGUUGGCGCUGCCUGUUGGCCUCCCUGGAUGGGGCCCCGCCUCUCAGAGAGAGCGUGCGGCACGCGUGGGGGGCCGCGGGGCGCGCCUGCUGCCUCCCUCCUCCGGGCGGACAGCAGCUGCUGCGCGCUCGGCUGUCCCUUGGCUCACGGCGCCUGCGGGAGCUGGGAGGUGACUCCACGGCGCCGCGCGGCGAUCUCGGACUUCCCGGAACGUUGCAGAAACAGCCCGCGAAGGCCGUGCGCCCGUCAUCCAGCUUCGCCCCGGGUUCACAUUUUACUUUCCUUCCCACGGACAGUUCCGGGCCCGGGUUUUCCUGAAUUGGUGGGAGGGAGCCGCCAACACCGGGGGGACCCUUUACGAGCGUCUGCCUGCCCCCGGGCGUGUCCGUGGCGUCCAGACCGUUGCCCCCCCCGGCAGGUCACCCGGCAGUGUCUCCUGAGCGACUUCUGCUCUCGCACGUUUCCGCACGAGCCUCGAGGACGGAUGUGUCCUAGGCCGCCCCGUCCGCCGUGGGGGCUGUCCGGCAGCGUCCGCUGCACCCACCCGGGCAAGCGCACCCGCCAGGCUCAACCCUCCCUCGUCCCGUGUCUCCUGCCCUGUGCGUUGUGGGCACAGCUGCCCUCCGCCCCCCUCAGCUGUAGGGGAGCCGUGGGGGGGGGUCUGCUUCAGGCGCCCCCUCCGCACUCAGGCAGUGCAGUUGUCUCCUGUCUCUGGCUGAGGAUUUUUUUAAAUUAUGCUUUUAAUUGUGGUCAAAAAAAAAAAAAAAAAGAAGCAGCAGCACCUAAAGCUUUAUCAUCUUAACCAUGUCCACAUGCCCCUUCCCACGGAGUGCAGCCACCACCGUCCACCUCCAGCACGCUUCCGUCUUCCCAGGAAACACCGACCCCCACGCCCGGUGUCCAUCCUUUUCAAGGUGAUCUGUCGUGUGGUCAGGCCACCUAGUGUGUGUCCACCGCCCACCCGCGGACGCCUGGGGUGCUGCCCCCUCUUGGCGGCCGUGAGGGAUGCUGCUGGAACGCAGGUGCGCACGGACCCCCGAGACCCGCCGCGGACUCUUCCCCUAUCUACCGGGAAGCGGGAUUGCUGGAGGCUCUGUGUGGAAUAUUUUGAGGACCGUCCAGACCGUUUUCCCAGCAGAGUUACAUUCCAGCAGGGCGUGCUUUCUCCACAUCCUCCGCACUCUCAACCUCACCUCUCUAGUGACCUCAGGCAUCGACCCACGUUGCCUUGUGACCAUUUCAGCAUCUUCCUUGGGGAAAUGUCUAUGCUAAUCCUUUGUCUGGCAAAAGGUUUUUACCUGUUUUCUUCCCCGCCCUCCCCAUGCUUCCCGCUUCUUUCCUGCAUACGGAAGAGCCGCUCAUCGCCAGGCCAGAGGGGAGAACUCGACGGGCAGAACAACGUAGUGAUACUUCCCAAGCACAGUCAAGGAUGUGCCCCCACAAAUACCCUAAACCGUUUCUUUUUUUUUUUUUUAAAGAUUUUUAUUUAUUUAUUUGACAGAGAUCACAAGUA